AUGGCAAUUGUGCGAUAUCUUCUAGGCCAACAGGCCUUUCAGGAGUCAUUGGUGUAUGCACCAGUGGUAGAGCGUAAUGAAUCUGACGAGAGAAUGUACGGGGAAAUACAUACGGAAGAUUGGUGGUGGGAGACGCAGAAUACCUUACCGGAGAGGUCGACUGUGGUACCAAUUAUAUUCGCGUCAGAUGGCAUACAUUUGACAAAUUUUAGUGGGGACAAGAAAGCCUGGCCAAUCCAUCUUACCAUUGGGAACAUCAAGUCAUGUGUCCAGAGCAAGCCCACCGGGCAUUCGUUAAUUCUCCUAGGGCUACUGCCAGUCCUACCUAAGCUCGGGAAGAACUCACUAGCUAAUUCCGCUUUACGACGUCAGAGUCAAAUGGCGCUGCAUCGCGCCCUUGGGGAGAUCUUUCAAAGCAUUCGAGAGUGCUUUCAGGAAGGCGAGCUAAUCGCAUGCGCUGACGGAUGCGAGGUGGAAUUCCACAGUCUUGGGAGCACUCGCCGGAGCCCUACGGGCGAUUACGAGGAUUACCGGGAGAGAGUAAAGCUAUUCAGGGAGAACUCGGGAAACCUGGGACUGGUGGAAUACCUUGUCGCGAGAUCAGUGAAGACACUCUUCAAUGCUUUCUGGGGUAUGCCGAGAGUUAAUCCAUACGAUGUCAACAAACUGGACAUUCUGCACAAUAUCUACCUAGGGAUGUUGAAGCACAUGAUGGAGUGGUUUCAGGCUUUCUUGAAGAACCACAAUCAAUUGACGACCGUUAAGGGUGUGAGAGAUCGGACAAAAACCUUGAACGCCUCAGGCUCCCAGAACGCUCAGCGAGGCUUGGAGGAGAUUCGCGAGAUACGAGAAAGGUCUCACUUCAACUUCAUCAAAUUGCACGUGUUAACGCACUAUCGGGAACAUGUUGAGCGCUUUGAGAGCAUUCCACCGUACUCCACUGACAUCAGCGAACUCGCCCAUGUACGUCAGAUAAAAGAGGCAUACGGAGCAUCCAACAAGGUCGAUGCUGCAAAGCAGAUACUGGACUAUAGGGGGCGGCGGUUGGCAUUAGCGAUUCGAAUGCUGAAUUUGAAAGACAUUGUUGGAGGUCCUGAGAGCACUGAUGACAUCCUUUGGAGCCAUCGAGAUAACCUGAAGCAGUUACUUGAGAUUUUUAAAAUCGAAGGCCGGAAAAAAACACCAAAUGAACGAUCCAUAGUAGAAGGCCGACUGCCUCUAAGGCGUCUUUGCAACCCCUCCACGAAAUCGGAAAGACUUUUCAAUAUUGUGGAUGGACUACAAAUAAGCCAUACCGCCUUAAAUCGCCUGAUAAAGGAGUAUGCAGAAGAUGCGGGAUGCUCUCAAAGCUUUGCUGGAAGCUCUGAGAGCAUUUUAGAGCGCCGGGUGGAGAUGUUCAAAUGUUUGCAGGUUCCGAUACCAAUCUUCCAAAGACCUGAGGUGUACAAGGUUCACAAUAUUAGGUGUACGGGAAAUGCCACUUUUAGGAAAGGGAAAAUAAGAAAGGAUUGGGUAUGGGUGUCUGUAGCGUCCUCAGAGGAGUGGGGAGUUUUUCGGGGACGCUUACCAGUACAUGUGGAGGCUUUGUUCAAGCUGCGGGACAGUGAGGGGCGAGCACAUAGACUAUGUAUAGUGGAGCUACUCGAGGCAAAGGAUCGUGGUAUCGCGAACAGCUUACAUGGGCUCCUGAAGGUUUGUAGGAGGAGGAGGAAGAGGGUGUGGAUCGUUAAUAUUCGGAGUAUAUUGGAAAUGGGCCAUUUGUUUGAGGUGGAGACUGGUAAUUAG